AAUUAUUCACGCUCUUGGUAAGAAACACCCGAGAGUUUGGAGCUGAUUCAUACUGCUGAAUCGGAGAAUCGACUCUUCCUGGAUUCAACUCCCAGCCUCACCCCCUGCUCCGUGCUGUUGCUGUGAUAUGUCUCUUAGCGACAAGCACGCGCACACAGUGGCUGGUUAACUCUGAAACGUCUCCUUCAGUCAGUUAGCCUGCUAGCUAAGCUUCAUUUCACAAGUAAACAGUUACAUUUAGAUAACCUAGUUAAUUAGUUAGCAAGCUUAGCCUUAUUUUUUUGUCCAGGUGCGAAGCCGUAUCUAUUUCUACUGUGUUUUGUUCUGUUUGACGCGUUUUAAACGGUGAAAUGUAAUAGAAACAGCGGGCUCUAGCGAAGAGAUACUUACUAAUUAGCUAAUUAGUUAGUUAGCCAACUCUAGCUGGUUACUACGACUAAAAGCAGAAGCUGCUCUUAAUAUUUGGACAUUCCUGGUGUUCAACACAAAUGAAUGGAGCUUCAGAUCCGCCACUGUUUAAUACAGGCACAGGACAAAAACGAUCCUGAAGCUCUGAAGAAAGCAUAUGGCCUAAUUAAAGAUGUUUUCUCAGGAAAUACGCCAGUGUGUCUUCUCCCUGAGCUGUAUGUGUUGUGUUCAGAGCAAGCAAUACAGCUGGGCUGUAAGGAGAUCGCAGAGCAUUGCCUAAUGAUGUAUUUUGAGACCAACCCCCCAUCGAAUCAGUUUCUAUGCCGCGCUUACUUCUGCCAGGCUCAGUUGAACUCGCCCCACACUGUCACCACUGUGGAGGAUAUGGAUAAGGCUGUGAUGUACUAUCUAAAGGCCAUAGAGAUUUCCAAAGACAACCCGAGGUACCACUUUCUGGUCUUCAAUGCAUCGCUCCUGUACUUCCAGACUGUGCGCGCAUUCCUGCGACCUGGCCAGCGGCAGCACCUGGUCUGCUCUCUCUCACAGGUGGUCAGCGCUCUGGAAGCAGUGCAGGAGCCCGAUUACGCUUGGCGGGCUGAACUUAUGCUACAUCUUGUUGAGUGCCUGGUGGAUAGUGGGAAACACAAGGAGGCAGCUGCCUUUUCCAAGGUCACCUCUGAGUUUAUAGAAGCGCAUAAACCUGAAAUGUAUCCACGCAUUUUCUCCAUACAGGUACUCCAUGAUCUUCUAGAUUCCUCCCAAACUGUAGGAAAACGAAGUCAUAAAUUACUUGUCAUCUACAAGAUACAGAAACUUAAACACAUUGCUGAAGUGAGUGAAGUCAGUAAUGAAACUGCUGAACUGAAGGAGAUUUUGCUCUUGCUGAGCCAGUCAUCCCAGGCUGAAUCACCUGCCUCUCACAGUUCUAGUCCUGAUUCUGAUGACAGCUCCCACAUCCUUUUGUCUGACAGGAUUGAACUUCUGUUGGAGUUGGCCUUCUUCUGUAUGCAGCUAAAAGAGCACAGGGUCGCAGAAGGCUGCCUUAAGGAGCUACAAGCCAUAGAGGGCACUACUGUUGCUCAGCGCAUUAAGAUGGAGUGUGUUGAGUGUGAGCUGACCCUUAAGGGACAGGUCAGCCGCAUCGAGGACUACACCAAAAGCAGUGUGGAGGCCCAGCUUGCAGUAGUUUGGCGAUUGGAUGCUCUGCUCCAGAGAGCAGUGAGAGAAGGAGAAGGCGAGGUAACGCAGUGUGUGUGUGCUGCUCAGUGGAACAGCUGUCUGCCCCUUCUUCAGCACAACCUCCGGAGGAGCAUCAAAAGACCUCUGCUCAAUCUUGCACAUGCACUGGAUGACAUCAACAGCACGUUGUUGGACAUACGCUGUCAGGUCCAAGCUGAGCUGGCUGCUAUAGAGGAGAAAGAGGACAGGCUGGAGCCUGCAUUAAAACAUCUCCAUGCAGCCCUGCGCCUGGAUGAGAGAGGCCAACAUCAGGAACGUUUGUCAUCCUCACUGCACCUCCUUCAGCUGCGCACCAGCCUCUACAACACCCCCACUCGCCCAGAGGACCAGGCUGCUGUGCUUAUCCAGCAGGCAAAAGAAGGGAGUGGCUGUAUGCCAACAAAGAAGUGGCGCCCCAUGCUGGUUAGUGCUGGAACUGCCCUGGCACCUGACACCUUCCAGAUGGUGCUGGAUGCAGACAAGGCUGUGCAAGGUAAAAGACACCAUAUCCCUGUGGAGCAGCUUGCUGCCAAGGCCCAGCAUCACAUGACCUGUAUCCAAAAGGUAGAAGGACAUCUGGCCAGGCUGGAGGGAGGCACAGAUGAUAGAGAGAGGAUGAGGUUAUGGGCCUCUCUGGUGAAGGUUGCACGGAAGCAGGAGGUGUGGGAUAUUUGCAGGGCAGCAUGCCGCUUCUGUCUGCUUUAUGAUGAUGGCAGAUGGAACAGCAAGAAGCCCUCAGGUGAGCUGAACGGCAAUGGUAAGCCAGCAGGGAGUAGCCAAGGGGACCAUGGAGGAAUGAAACAGGCUGGAGAGAGAGAGCUCCUGCUUCUUCUGGCUGAGGUCCACUUCAUUAAUGCUGAGGUAACUAUAGUUAAACUUCGGUCUGAGGGCAUGGAGCUUAGUGAAUUACCAGUUCGGCCUGCUAAGAAGAAAACACACCAACCUGAGAAUGACUCUCAGUGGACGCUGUACAGGGAUUGGAUCCAAAAGCUUUCAGCCUAUGCUACGGAUAAUUUUCUGCGAGGGGCAGAGCUGGGUGCAGAAAUACAGGAAGCGUGGCUGGUGGCUAAUGCAGCUGUUUACCUGUGGAACUACAACACGCAUUUGCUGUCCAAAAAGCAGUACCCUUCCCUUCUACCCACGUUCAGCCGACUAACAGAGUUGCUCAAACAGACCAGCCAUACUGGGGAUGUAGUGCUUCUGGUCCUCUUGUGUGAUGCUGUUGCUCAGGGAAUGAUCCAACCUUGGUUUGAGGCAGCUGGACAAAUUAAGCCAGAACAAGACACUGCAAAGGGUGGAGUGCAGCAGCAAGCUGACAAGGUGAAAAAGGGUGGAGGAAAGGUUCUAGAAAAACAUAGCUCCACCCAUGGCUUUUCUCUAGAGGCGGCUGCUGUGCAGGAUAUCAAGAAGGCUUUAGAGGUAUGUGACUAUGCCCUGAGGCUGUCCAAUGGGAAUGAGGCGAUGGUGCCCAUGAUGGUCAGAAAACAACUCAUCAGCACGUGGGUGAAUACCAAAUAUCUGCUACAGCAACAGAUUGGACAAAAACUUGACAUUGAUGAUGAGAGUAAAAAUGAGUCUGUAGCAGCCAUGUCCCGUGUGCUGGUGGGAGUGGAGAUGCUGCUGUGUAACUCUAAUCUCAGACUAAUGGAAUUUUCUGUGCCCAGCCUCAGAGUGCUGGCACAAAUGGCAGCAGACUGCAAGUGGUCUGAUCCAGUGGUGGAGCUAUACGUAUGGUCUCAGCUCGCUUACUUUGCCUGCCAGAGCCCUGAUCAUGACCUGGUCAUGACCUGCACACAGAAUGCAUUGCAACUGGAGAAGACUGCUAUUCAUAAAGCGAAGGUCCCAGCAAGCAGUCUGUACAGUGUGAAAACAGUAAAGGAAAUGUUGAGCAGCUCCGCAUGUCUCAGAGGAUUGAGUAUGCUCCAUAAGUCUGUUGGACAUCCUUCCAGCUACACAGCAGCUCUUGACAUGCUCCAGUCUAGCAUCAGCUAUGCUGAACAGGCUGGUAGCUGGACUUAUUGCGGGUCUGCAGCCAAGCACUACUGGAAUGCCUGCUUGCCACUUGUAGACUUUCCAGAGCAAAGACAGCAACUCCGGGAACCACUGGAGCUCAUUCUGAAAGCUCUGAACAACACCUACUCUCAACCAGGCAGUGAAAAAUGUGAAGUGGUGAAUGUUGAAAAGAAACUUCAAGCAGAGCCUGUGACCACAGCGGCGGACACUGACAGUAGAGCUGAAGAUGUCCUGGCAGUAAGAGCAGCCAUGUACAAUGUGCUAUUUCAUAUCCAUGCUGACACUGGUAAUUUAAAGAGAGGCCUGCAGGUCCUGGACCAAGCCAUCAGAGAGCUUCCUCGUAGCUCACAUAGACUACUUCUCCAUAAGCAGCGGGUGCUGGUAAAGGCUCAGCUGGGGCAGAGUGUUGUUCUAGACAUGCAGAGGUUUACUGAGGAGGGAGAGCUAGACUGUGCUCUGAUGUGGCAUCAUGUGGCUCACUGUGCAAUAGACAAACAACAGCAGCUGUCCUGCUACCAAAAUGCCAUCAAUACCCUACAGAGUGUUGAUAAUCUGAAGCAGAAAGUGGAUUUUCUUCUGGAAUUUGGGGAGUGGCAGUACUCUAAUAAUUUCCCUUUGUUGGAAGCACAGCUGGAGAUUCAGAAGUCCAUACAAAUUAUUCUCUCCUCCACCUCGGACUCAAGCCAGAGCCUUGGAACCACUGAGCAGCCAGAAGGGGUGAUUCCGGUGAGCAGUGUGUUUGACCUGAGGGAAGUGUGGUGUCUUGAUGGCCUUGUGAGGUCAAAUACGCUGCUGGCUCUCAUGGAAUCCAAAGCAUCUUCCCGGCACCAGCAGUACCUGUUUCUUGCAUAUUCCGCUGUACUGCAGAUCUGGCAGGUGUCCAUUGAAGGAGCACUGGAAAUCAUCAAAGAGGAACAGAAGAAUUCUAACAUUCCAGCUCCACCUGCGUCAGCAGCCAGCAUCAAAAAAGAAAAAGAAAGAGAGAAAGAGAAAGGCAAAAAGUCAAAAGAGCCUCCUCCUGUUGAAAAGAAGCCCAAAGGUUUGAUUUUAGAUGCCUCCCCACCUUCCAGCCCCGAGGAGUGGGCUCAGUUUGAGUGUCCUGAGGAGAUCCGCCAAUGUUUUAGACAUGGCAGUGGCCUUCACUCCAUCAACAGCCACAGCAUUAAAGUGCAGAACCGAACUCUAUAUUAUCUGGACAUCCUGGUAAGAGAGCUGGAGUCUGCAUCUCUGACCCCACUAACCCUGCCUCCUCUGCAUCUGGCUGAGGUCAUUGCUCGCGAUCUAUCACACAGCAGGAGUCACUCUGACCUCUAUCGCCUCAGGAUAAUAAAAGCCUGUGGUUACCUGGGGCUUGAGUCAUUCUCACCAUACAGAAAAGGGUUGCUGAACCUAGCCCAUAUACCUGAGGACGAGCAGAUGGCGUGCCGAAAGGCAAUUGCUCUUCAAAAAGAAAGAAAUGGAUAUCAAUUGAAGAGUAAAAUCAAGCUAGAAAAGGCUCCUGGCAGUGAGAAGUCUGCAGCUGUAGGCAGUACGUCCAGGAGAUGGCACAGGUACACUGAGCAAGAGCUGUGGCUGGAUAAGGCCUCUGUGUGUCUCAGUCUGGGUCUGUACCAGCCUGCUAGAAGCUUGCUGGCUGAGGCUCACCUGGUGGCCAAGGAACUCAAAGACCAAACUUCACUGGCUAAGAGUUAUCACCUUUUGGCUGUUCUGGCCAGUCUGGAGCAGCAGCAUGAUCAGGCCCUAGCUUUACUGGAGCAAGCUCAGGAGUUUGUCGGGGAUGAAGGUUUUUGGUAUCACCUCGUUCAGAGCCUCUUAAACACAACUGCAGAGCUUGGAGGCAAAGAUAUGUACACACAGGUGGGUCGGAUAACAAACAAGGCCAUCAGAGACUUUAGGUCUGCUCUGGAACAGAAACCAAAUCAAGCUCCUGUCCUCCAGUUUUACAUUGCUAAAUUGGAUGCCAGAGGUGCAGUUCUGUGUCACUCUGCCCUGAGGAAUUCUUGUGCUGGUCAGGAUGAAAAAAUGGAAAGACUCAAGUCAGUGUGUGAUGCUCUGAAACUCAGUGUUUCAGUUUUACUUCAACACGGCUACAAAACUUCUGCAGCAGAGACAUCUCUGGAGCUUGCAAAAUGUCUCAGAGAGCUGGCCAUGCUCACAUCCAUUAAAGAAGAGAAACAGCGGCACCUACUCGAUGCCCUCUCAUUUAUGCAGCAGACUGUAUCUCUGCAGGAGGAAGUGCUUUCCAGCUGCCUCAGGCUUCUCCCAUCUCAUGAGAGUGGCCAUUAUAGCCUGCCAGCAGUGCGUGUGUGUGUGGACUAUAGGUUGACUCUGGUAGACCUGAUUCUGCUGAUGCUGGAGAUGCAGUGUGAAGAAGAAAAAGUUAAAGCAAGAAUCCAUAGCAAGAAGAGCUCUACUGAGCAAGCUGUGAAAGACUAUAUCUGGAGCCCCACAGACCUGAAUCCUCUAGAGCAGGAAUGGAUGACAGUGGCUCAGACUUUGGGUCAGAUGGCUUUGACCCAGCUGUCUGUGAUCAACUCUCUAUCGCUGGACUGCAUAGAAACUAAAGCACGCUCUCUUGGCAUGCUGGGAAAGUGUCUGAGGCUGAUGGCACUGCAGAGGGACCCACUCCACACCAUUUCUUUGUGGGAAGGACCUGACAAGGGGGAGAAUGGCAGAGAGGAGAAAGCAAUGAAGGAUGAAAAUGAGGAAGGGGCAAGCAGUGAAGAAAGCAAAAGGAAGACAGUGGAGCAGAAGUUUGUCCAGGCCAGUGAGACUUUAGCACAAGCUCUAAGCCUGGCUCUGCAGCACAGCCUCCCUCAGGUGCUGUCUCAGGUCUGUGUGGAUCUGCUGGAGUGCUAUGGCCAGAAUGACCCGGCCUCAUCCGGCCAGUACCUCGCCUUGUUACAGAGCUGUGUGAGCUGUGCUGAGAUGUCCAGUGUGUUGUGUGCAGCAUGUGUGGACACUCGUCAGUCUCAGUUAGCUGCCCUGCUAAGCCUGCAAAAGAACCUGCGCUCCUCUCCACAAUACAGAAAGAGCAGCAUCCUCUCAGCCAUUGACCAGUCACUCCACACACUCUCCAAGGCUUACCAGCACUUGAGUAUAAACCCUAACCAUAUGAGCUUUCUGGGAGAAAUGCCACUCAAUCUCAAAAUCCUGCUCCUGCAACAUUCUGAAGAUGGUUCAAUGUUGUAUGGGGCUUUCUAUGAGAAACCUAAAACUACAGAAAAUCAGAAAGGGAAGAGCACAGGUGGGCUAGCAUGCUCCAGAGUGGCCAAAGCUCAGGUCCAGCCUACUGUCCUGCUCAGACUUCAAGCCCAAGCCCAAGCCUUUAGACGACUUACCUCACAAACACUGCUUAAAAUGUCCCGCUGCCACAAAAAUGUAGAACAGGACGAGCAUUUCACACAGCAGGAAAACAGAAAAGACAGAGAAUUAGGGGUACAUUUACAAGCCAUAGUCAAGGAAAUGGGGGACUAUCUGAAUCCUGUCCUCUCUCAGUUUGAUUUCUCUUGCUUCAGCCAGCGCCCUCCAUUGAUAUCCAUCGGCGAGGCAGCCCGGCCCAAAGACAAGGAGGAGAGAGGAGCUGCAGAUAAAACUGUGCCUGCAGGAUCACCUGAGCAGGGGGAGUUUGUGGUGGUUUUUGCUGACAAGUUGUUGAUGGAGUUGCCUUUAGAAGCUCUGGCUGUUCUGCAAGGAGAUGGAAUCAGUUCUGUGUCUCGGGAUUUCUCUCUGCAAGUCUUCUACACGCGUCUCCAGAGACAGCAGCCAGUUGAAAGUGACAAUAAAAAGGAGACCAAAGGUGGAAAGCCAGCCAAGGGGAAAGGAGAUCAAAGCAAAGCCAUCAAAGUGGCACCAGUGAACUGUGUUUUACCACCACACUCUCUUCCAGUGGAUACACACAACUUCAAAUAUAUUGUCGAUCCAUAUAAUGAGGGUGGAGAUUGUGAAUGGAGCAGCACAGCUGAGAUAAUGAGGAAGACACUACAGAUGUACUCACAUCAGUUCACACCUCUCUGGGAAGGGGUCAUAGGCAGUGAGAGUACCUGCAGUCCUACAGAACUAGAGCGUCUGCUGGUGAACUGCAGUUCUUUCAUCUUCUAUGGCAUGGGACGGUUUCUUGCCCACAUUCAACCUUCCAGACUUGCCACCCUUAACCUUGCAGAAUGCCAGAUGGCCAUCCUUUUUGACCUGGUUCAGAACAGUACUCUGCCUUGUCAGUCUCAACAGGAAGUCCAGGAAAGUAAGUUUUGCAGUAAGACCCACGUACCUCUGGAGACUCCAAUACAGUGUGCAUAUCUGCUCACUCUCUGUGGAGCUCACUCUGUAAUGCUAAACCAGUGGUCCAGCAGUGCCAGGACUAAUGCUCAAAAUAUGGAAGCCAUAAUGGAGAAUCUUCUGAAAAAAGAACUGACAUCGGGCCAAUCUGUCCAUACUUUGUUGGUGAGCACGACACAGAUCUAUGAAAGAGAGGCUGCCUGUUCUUCAGAAGUGGAUUCUGUUGAACCCUGGGCUUCACCCUCUGCCUUUAACUUCAUCAUCUAUGGACUUCCUAAUUUAGUUGUUACGUGAACCUCUGGCUGUGUUUAAGGUUUAACUCAGGGGACUCUUUUUUUUUAUUCAAAGAAUGUUCAAAAUAGUCAAGUAAUGCUAUUGCCCCUGGCUCAAAGUACUGUUACAAACAAACAAAAACCUAAUAAGAGCUGUCAUUGUUUUCCCAUAGUUGUUUCCGUAUUCAGCAUUUUUCUUCUUAAUAUAAUCUACCUGUUUUAUUGUUUUCAAUAAAAAAAUAAUCCUUUA